AUGAACAAGGAAAAUUCAGUACCUGUGGAAAUAAAUGAAGACCUGUUGACAAGAGUAACCAGAGCGCUGAGAGGAAGAGAUGAAGUAGUUGUUAUCCAAGAAAAUAGCCCAAAACCGCACAAUCUAUUGCUGUCUUUUGGCAUUUUCGUUGGAAUAGUCGCUGCGCUUGCAAUAGCAUUUGUGAUCUACAAAUCAAAGAAGCAGAAAAAAGUGCGAGUGCCGUCUAAAGAGGAUAUCACAAGCACGCCAGAAGAAAAACUGAAGACAGAGCAGGAGGAGAAUGCCAGCUUAAGAGCACAGAUAUCUAAGCUAGAAGAGAAUAAUAGGGAAUUAGCCGCCCAAGUUGCCCAGGGAACACCAGCAGUGCAGCCAGUAUAUGAACAAAUUCCAUCAGCGGAAGCUCCAGAGGAUGUUACCACUGAAAAUGAAGAACCAUUGACAUCUGCUCCAGAAGAUCUAAGAAAAGAGAAAGAAGACUUGCUAGACACUCUUCAGGAGGAAAGACAGCACUAUGAAUCUCAGAUAGCUGUCCUAGAAGCAAAAAAACAGGAAGAGCUAGAACAGAUGAGAGAGACUCUGUCGAGUGAAAUAACGGCCCAUAAAGAAAAGGUAAACCAGCUAACUAAAGAUUUAGAGGCCCGGGAUGCAAGCCAUGAGGCUCAGAUAUCUGUCGUAAGAAAAGAGGAAGAAAAAAAGAGACUAACUCUAGAACAAAGAGUAGCAGAGCUAUUAAGUGAAAUAGAAGAGUUGAAUACUAAAUUUGAGAAAAAGGCAAAAGCAUUAACCAAAGUAAAGGCAGAGAAAGAAGAACUAGAAGGCGAAUUCAAAAGUUUGAACUAUAAAAAAGAAGAGUUAGAAAAGAAACUCGGCGAGGUAGAUAAAGUUCUACAAGCACAGCUCAAAGAGUAUAAAGACACCUUGAUAGCACAAGGAAAAGAAGAGAUGCAGAAGUUUGAGGAAGAGAGAAAGAAGAUCGAAGCAGAGCUGAGAUCUAAAGUAAGUGAACUUGAGCAGAAAAACAAAGAGCUCCAGGAAGCUCUUGAUGCACUAAAAAGAGAAAAGGAGGAAUCCCAGCCGUCUCAAAACUCUGAGGAACAAGAAGCUGAAACCGAAGUUAGCAGCGAAGAAUGA